AUGAACCAUUCGUCUAUGAAAAGCCUGCUGUUCCUCAUGUCCACCUUAUGCAUUUGCUCCAGCCAUUCUGCAGUUUCCCGGCUGCGUUUCUCUUCGUUCCUGGAUCCCAUACACCAGACUUACCUCCGAUGGGACUAUGAUGACGAACUUGCCAUUAUGAGUUUUGAGUUUCAAGCCCAGUCAACUGGAUGGGUGGCUUUUGGCUUCACCAUUAAUAAAAAGAUUCCUGGAGCAGACUUCGUGAUUGGUGGUGUUCUUCCUGAUGGCAACAUCUAUUUCUCAGAUUGGCAUGGUGUGAAUGAGGAUACCAUCCUGGAGGAUGAAAGGCAAGAUUAUGAGCUGCUGUCAUUGACCCAGGAUGCAACGUCCACCACCAUGGCAUUCAGGCGACAGUAUCGGACAUGCGAUGAACAUGACCUGGACAUCACAUUUCCUGUCCCAGAAGAUGAGACCACCUAUGCCUGUACCUUUCUCCCUUUACCCAUGGUCAAGACAAAACAUCAUAUUUAUAAGUUUGAGGCCAGGAUAACACCUCGGAAUAUAACAUUAGUGCACCACAUCAUAGCAUACGCCUGCGGCAAUGGAAGUGUGCUUCCCACUGGAGUCAAUGACUGCUAUGGAGCUGAUCCUGAUUUUUCUCAAUGCUCUCAGUUAAUUGCUGGCUGGGCUGUAGGAGGAGGGCCCUACAUGUUCCCACAUGAAACUGGAAUUUCCAUAGGGACUCCAAUUGAUCCCCAAUGGAUCCGAUUAGAAAUUCAUUACAGCAAUUUUGAUUUAAUUCCAGGCUUAAUUGAUAACUCAGGUUUGAGAAUAUACUAUACUUCGGAGCUUCGUCCAUAUGACAUGGGGGUGCUACAUACAGGAAUUUACACCUUUCCUGUCCAUUUCAUCCCCCCUCAAGCAGAUUCUUUUCUGUCUUACGGAUUCUGCAAUACCAGUCAUUUUCAUGAGAUCAAUGGGAGCCCAGUUCCAGAUAUGCAUGUCUUUGGUUUUUUACUCCAUACCCACCUAGCUGGAAUAGGAGUGAGAGGUAUCCAAUAUCGGAAUGGAAAACAGUUGAGGAUCCUCUGUGAAGACAAUAAAUAUGAUUUCAAUCUUCAGGAAACAAGAGACUUGAAGAAGCAUAUUGUUCUCAAACCAGGAGAUGAAUUCCUGGUAGAGUGCCGUUAUCAAACUAAAGACCGGACAGAGACACUAUUUGACGUGAUGAUAAACGAAACUGGUUUCAUUCCUGAUAUUGAUGUUCCUGAACCAGAACCCUGCAAGUUGAGUCCAAGAGACACAACUACAACACAUCAACCAGAAGGUCACACCAAGUACAAAGCAAUUCCAGAUGUGGUUUCCAAAGAUGUUAGCACCCCUUAG